AUGUCAGGCUUCAACCAAAACAAAUUGGACGAAGUAGUCGCACUCUCUGACACCGAGCGCAAACAAUACCUCUCAGGUCCCUACAUCAAGAUAAUCCACAAGUCACCUGAUACCGACACAACUCGGACAGUUGUGUAUGAGCAAUUCCCUGAGGCACAUGCGAAGAUGCUCUGGCCCGGCAUCACCGUUGCGGAUCAUGAACCAUACGGCAAGUCUAUCGUUCUCAACCUCGAUGUCACUGGAGAGGGUGUUAGCGAAGCACUUGAUUGGCUUUUGCGGUCUAUCGCCAAUGGCAGCAACGACGACAUGGCGUGGAAAAAAUUCAAUGUCGACCAUAUCUUCACUGUAAUUCACGAGGCAGCCAUCGCAAUGAGUAUUGAGAACUUGGUGAGCAUUGCGGAGACAGGACUCGGUAGAGUCGCGACUGGCGAACAGAAGGACGCCAGCGAGACAGUUGAUCAAUGA